AUGUCAACAGAACAGCCAAUUAUCCUCUAUCACUACCCCUUCUCGCCAUAUGCGAGGCGGAUAGCGUGGUACCUUCAACUGCGCGGCAUCCCGUACAAGCAAUGCACGCAACCUCCAAUUAUGCCGCGACCGGAUGUGGCCAAACUGGGAAUCAAGUACCGCCGCAUCCCGUUAAUGUCCAUCGGCCGUGAUGUAUACCUAGACACACGGCUCAUCCUGCAGAAGCUCGAGUCAUUCCCCGCCAGCGCCCCGAGGCUCGGCGCCGCGGAGAACACGGAGCAGCGCGCCACCGAGCGCCUCCUGGAGGUGUUGAGCGUCGACGGCGGCGUCUUCGCCUGGGCGGCGUCCCUGCUCCCGCGCGAGCUGCCCAUCUUCAAGGACCCCAACUUCCUGAAGGACCGGGCUGAUUUCAUGAGCGGGAGGAACAUGCUCGCUCCGAGAUCGCCAACGGCGAAGCCCGAGGCCCUAAACGACAUCCGUACCGUUUUUGAGCUCUUGGAGACGACGCUGCUCGCCGACGGGAGGGACUGGGUUCUGAAGACUGAGGGGCCGAGUCUGGCGGAUAUCGAGGCCGUCUGGCCACUUCACUGGCUGAACGGGCUGCCGGGAGCCAUGCCGUCCGACUACAUCUCAAAGACGCAGUUUCCCAAGGUAUUUGCGUGGAUCGAGCGAUUUGACAAGACUGUCAAUGCAGCGAAACAGAAGCUGGGCAAGGUACCUUCAGUGUCCGGUGAGGAUGCGGCGCGUGCUAUUGUGCAAUCCUCGUAUUUCGAAGGCGCCGUCAGGGAGGUUGAGCAGGGUGAGCCGCUCGUAAAAGCCCUCGGGCUGAAGAGGGGCGACAAUGUUGUGGUAUUCCCACUUGAUUCUGGAUCAACACAUAAGGACUCGGGGGUUCUCUGGAGCCUCGAUGGCAAAGAGAUUAUUUUCGAGACGAAGACUGACCUCCAAGGGUCCCCAGCGAUUCGGGUCCAUGCACCUCGACACGGCUUCCGCAUCGUUCGCGAGGAUCAGGCUUCUCACCUCUGA